CCCCCUCCCCGAGGGACGGUGGCGAUGUCCGGGGAAUCCCGGCGCCGCGGGGAGCGGAGCGGUGCGGAGCAGCCCCGGGAGGUGGCCGGUGCCCCCAGCCCGCCCCGCUGCCGCCGCUGGCGGGGCCGCGCUCGCCCCUCUCCGGCCCGCCCCGGCCCGGCGCCCCUCGCACCGCCCGCUGCGCUCCGGCCAUUGCCUCGCCCGGCUGGCAAACCCCUCUCCUCCUGCCCGCUGCUCAGUUCCCACAAUUUGCUGUUCUAUCCUUGAGGAUCACUGCCGUCACCACCAAAAAAUCCCACCCCAAGCCCAGCAAAGCCUAACCCUCCCCGCAACUCCUCUUGCCGUUCCGAUUUCCUUCCCUCUCUCCUGCUCCUCCCUCCCCCGCCCCGUCUCUGGGUCUGGAGCUUCUCUCCCUACACACACACGGAGGGACGCGCGGUGGGAAUGGGCUGUUACACUUGCUGCUGUGCCGCACAGAACUGCUGAUGGUUCUCAAAGUCCCACCACCAUGCAAAGCCCUCCUCUAGCCUGAAGCCGAAGAUCAUGGACUAUAUGCUUGGAGUCGGGAUGCAUUUUGCUCACAGCCGCUUGGCUUCCUGCAAUUUCAUCCGGUGUUGAGGGAAAGCUAAGAGAAUGAAGGCUCUAAGUCCCCAGUGGAAGCAUGAUAUGGCGAUGCAGUGCUGGUGCUGAAUUGUUCUCUCUGAUGGCUCUAUGGGAGUGGAUAGCACUGAGUCUUCAUUGCUGGGUUUUAGCAGUUGCUGCUGUUUCGGAUCAGCAUGCCACAAGCCCCUUCGACUGGCUCCUCUCUGAUAAGGGACCCUUCCAUCGCUCACAGGAAUACACAGAUUUUGUGGAAAGAAGUCGACAGGGAUUUAGCACAAGAUACAAGAUUUACAGAGAGUUUGGCCGCUGGAAAGUAAACAAUCUUGCUGUCGAAAGAAGAAAUUUCCUUGGCUCCCCACUGCCACUUGCCCCUGAAUUCUUCCGUAACAUAAGGCUACUCGGACGCCGCCCGACCCUGCAACAGAUCACAGAAAACCUUAUCAAGAAAUAUGGGACACAUUUCCUACUGUCAGCUACCUUGGGAGGAGAGGAGUCACUCACAAUUUUUGUGGACAAACGGAAGCUGAGCAAGAGGUCAGAGGGAAGUGAUCCCAGCACGAACAGCUCUGCAGUGACUCUGGAGACCCUGCACCAGCUCGCAGCAUCCUACUUCAUUGACAGGGACAGCACGCUGCGCAGGCUCCACCAUAUCCAGAUUGCCUCCACUGCCAUAAAGGUAACAGAAACGCGGACUGGUCCUCUUGGCUGCAGUAACUAUGACAACCUAGAUUCUGUCAGCUCUGUUCUGGUUCAGAGUCCUGAAAAUAAGAUUCAGUUGCAAGGUCUUCAGGUCAUCCUGCCCGAGUAUCUGCAAGAACAUUUUGUCCAGGCAGCUCUGAGCUAUAUUGCCUGCAAUUCAGAGGGGGAGUUCAUCUGCAAGGAUAAUGACUGCUGGUGCCAGUGUGGUCCCAAAUUCCCAGAGUGCAACUGUCCCUACAUGGACAUUCAAGCCAUGGAAGAAAAUCUGCUCCGCAUAAGUGAGACUUGGAAUGCAUACAACAAUGAAUUUGAAGAAUCUGAUGAAUUCAAAUUAUUUAUGAAAAGGCUGCCCAUGAAUUAUUUCCUGAACACAUCUACUGUAAUGCAUUUGUGGACAAUGGAUUCUAAUUUUCAGCGUCGCUAUGAGCAGCUAGAAAACAGCAUGAAGCAACUCUUCCUCAAGGCACAGAAAACUGUUCACAAGCUCUUUGGACUUAGUAAGAGAUGCCAUAAACAGCCCCUCAUCCGCAUGCCAAGGCAGAGAUCUUCCAACUAUUGGCUCAACCGCAUCCAGUCCUUUCUCUACUGCAAUGAAAAUGGCCUCCUGGGAAGCUUUUCUGAAGAGACUCACACAUGCACCUGCCCUAAUGACCAGGUUGCCUGCCACGGGUUCCUUCCCUGCACGGUUGGAGAUGGCUCGGCGUGCCUGAGCUGUGCUCCUGACAAUCGCACCCGCUGUGGGAGCUGCAAUGCUGGCUACAUGCUGAGCCAAGGGCUUUGCAAGCCUGAAGUGGCAGAAUCAACAGAGCACUACAUUGGGUUCGAGACAGAUCUUCAGGACCUGGAAAUGAGGUAUUUAUUGCAGAAGACAGACCGGAGAAUUGAGGUCCACGCCAUUUUCAUCAGCAACGACAUGCGCCUCAACAGCUGGUUUGAUCCUUCUUGGCGCAAGCGGAUGCUCCUUACUCUUAAGAGUAACAAGUACAAGUCUAGCCUGGUCCAUAUGAUACUGGGCCUCUCCCUUCAAAUUUGCCUGACUAAAAACAGCACCUUAGAGCCUGUUCUUGCUGUUUAUGUCAACCCUUUUGGGGGCAGCCACUCUGAGAGCUGGUUUAUGCCUGUGAAUGAAAAUAAUUUCCCAGACUGGGAGCGGACUAAACUGGACUUACCCCUUCAGUGUUAUAACUGGACGCUGACUCUGGGCAACAAGUGGAAGACAUUUUUUGAAACUGUACACAUCUAUUUGAGGAGUCGAAUAAAGUCAAAUGGUCCAAAUGGCAAUGAGAGCAUCUACUAUGAACCCCUGGAAUUUAUUGAUCCCUCAAGAAAUCUGGGCUACAUGAAAAUCAAUAACAUCCAAGUGUUUGGCUACAGCAUGCACUUUGACCCAGAAGCAAUUCGAGACUUGAUUUUGCAGCUCGACUACCCCUAUACGCAGGGAUCACAGGACUCAGCACUUUUGCAGUUGUUAGAGAUACGGGAUCGUGUAAAUAAACUCUCUCCACCUGGUCAACGUCGUCUAGACCUCUUCUCUUGCUUGCUUCGUCAUAGACUCAAACUGUCUACCAGUGAAGUGGUGAGGAUUCAAUCUGCUUUGCAGGCCUUUAAUGCCAAAUUGCCAAACACAGUGGAUUAUGACACAACCAAAUUAUGUAGUUAACCAUAAAUGUGAAGCACAACACAAAACCUUGAAGGAGUUUUUACAGUGCUUUUGUGGAACAGUUUAUGUUUGGAAGAGUAAAUUUAAAUUGUCUUUUCAAUAUCUGUCUUAUAUCAGUCAAUACUGUUGGAUGGCAAUUUACACACAUGAACUUGCUGACAAUGAAUAUAUUAUACCUGCAGUUUUGGUUUAUGAAUGAAAUAAAUACUGACACCAGUCUAGAAGACAUUCUACUUUUUACAAUAAAUUUCAUUUGUAAUUUUAUAUGUUCCGUGGCAAUGCUUUUGUGCAUUACAUCCUCUAGAGGGAACAUAGAAGGAUACCAAUAAAAUUUUGUAGCUGAACAGUUA